AUGACUACAGAUUCUACUCUUUCGUUGGUCCACACCCGCCUCUACCACCAACAACUUCGGAACUAUAUCAGUACCGCCGACCCGGACAGGAUCUAUUUAGUCGCUGACAGAGUGAUAUAUUCCAUCCACAUUUCGUCCCAAAAGCGAGAGACAAUAGCGGUCAUACCGUUCGAGCCGAAAUGCCUCACCGCGGGUUAUGGUUGGAUAGGUGUUGGGGGCUCCGACAAUGGAGAGUGUGCCUUUGUACGGAUUGCUAAUGAGGCUGCGCGUGGCGAUACACCUGUUUUUCAGUCCUCAGAUGUUGAUACUGCCUUACCCAUCAACUUGGAACCUCCGACAAGGCUUUCCUCUCCUUGGCCGUCUCGAGGAGAGUCCGAGUCAACUCGCCAGGCUUCAAGGCCGCUUAUGCCCGAGGUACAGUUGCACAAGUUUGGUGGCAGUAUUGUGAACUCGGUGACUAUUCACCGGUUGCCCGGUGCCGACAAGGGAUUCGCCGAUGAGGACAUUAUGGUCCUAAGUAAUAAUGACAAGACUGUCACCAUCUAUUCCCUGACUCGGUCGAAAGUCCUCAAGGUCCUUCAUCACCAAGCAUGCAUGAAUUAUGCUAUUAUGUCACCGGACUCCACUCUGCUUGCUGCGGUUGGAGAUGAGACUCAUGCAUAUUUCUACGACGUUACUUGUGAUUUGGAGACAACGGUUCUGACAGAGAACGGUGAGAAGCUUCCCGCGUGGGAUUGGGACCUCAUCCGUUGCAUAGAGAUGGAUAUUGGCACACGCUUCGACGAUGGCUGCUGUUUCACUGUUGCAUUCUCUCCGUUCAGUCGAUUGUGCGCUAUCGGUUCACAGUCCGGAGUUAUUACAGUGUUCGACGUGGCCACAGUUCGAAACCCGGCGGGCGAGCCAGACGGUAAGAAUGCGAUAAUAUGCAGUUUCAACUCCUCAAGACAGUGCUGUAACGGUGGUGCUGUGCGAUGCAUGGCUUUUGCACCUGAGCCUUGGGACCUCCUAGUGUGGCUUGAAGACAAAGGACGAGCCGGGGUUGCGGAUGUUCGCCAGACUUUUAUACGCAGACAGAUUCUAAAUCUAGAUAUGAACGACCCGGACUUGCAAGAAGUAUAUACGGAACCGGUACUGGAUGACUCUGAAGAACUCGAAUAUGACCUUGACGGUCGGGUUCUCGCUGACUCUCGGCAUGGAACGGAUGCAACCCACCGGGCUAUUCUCGAUUCAAUCGAGCGUGCUUCAAAUGAGCGGGGAAAUGGGGCGGAUAAUUCUCCUUUGCGUGAGAGCUUGAUACAGGACCUCACACAGAGGGAGAGGCUGAUUGUGGAAUUUUUGAAUACAGCACGUUGGACGUCCAGGUUAGAAGAAGGCCUGACUGAACGGCGAGCAAGGGUCAACGCCCAACCGCACCCUGUACCUCGCUCACAUAUCCAAGGCUCCACAGAAGGCACUCAUCGGUCAUCCCGUCCUACCUCGCCACCACACCGAAGUGACGCUCUUAUUGAUACGUUUCGGGAAAACUACCUUAGCCAUACGAGAAUUCCCAACCGGAACUUGAAUGCAGGGCGCGACAACCCUGUGACUCUUCCACAGGAAUAUCCCGAGGGUAAUAGAACAGUGAUUGGAACAGGAUCUAAUGUUGGACCGCAGCCAAGUCUCACUCUGACCUGGACAGCUUCACCGUCAGAAUUUCAGUCUGCCGCAUUCCUUGAUCGCUCGCAUGCUGCAGACCCCAAUGCCGAUGGUCCGAGCAGCUCUAAUAGUGAAGUAGGUUCGGAGAGUCGGGCUCAUGAAUCCCCAGCUCGCCCGUCUGCCACCAUUGAUCAUUCUAGCGCUUCGCGACUGACGGCAUCCGAUAGUCGGCAUGACUUGGGACGUCUGUCAACUUCGGAGUUGAGGACUAAUGUCGCUGCAGAGCGUCUUCGAAGGCAACGACAAAUUAUCAACGAGGCGCAAAAUAGAAACAAUCAACGUGAACAACGAUACCGGCAACAGCUCUUGGGCUUUGAACAGACACGCUCUCCUAGAUGGAUCAGGAGCGUCUUGAACGAGCUCCCAGACAGGGGUCUAGGGUCCGGAACUAGAGACCUGGAGUCAGGUAGCACGGCUGGAUUGGGGUUCGGCGCUGACGGAAGGACACUGUGA